GAUUACUGAAAUAACAUGUUAAAAUUUAAACAAAGUUGGCUCGUUUCAGACUUGACAACGUCGUGGCGAAGACGAUGUUGCGUGUUGUGAAAUUUCAUUUGUCAUCGAGUGUCAUGAAAGGUGAUAAUAAACAUUAGUCCUGCUGCUGCUGCUCCUCAGAUCCUUCAGGUAAAAACAAUCGUCGAAAUUCCAACAGGACGGUGACAGGACAGGAGCCAUCGCGGAUGAUCCCCAUCGAUGCGAUGUUAUAACGAGACAUCUCGACUCGACGACGUAUAAUGAGGUUGUUUUUCGAGUUCUAAUCUUUGCGCAAAACGCAACGAAAAAAAAAAAAAAGAAAAUCGAAACAACAAAAAACACAUGAUUGCGAAAGAGAGCGAGAGAGCGAAACAGACAGAGACAAGGUAGCAGUGUUUGUCAAAAAGUUUCACCAUUGUCUCUCAGUUUUCUCCUUGUCUUUACUUUUGUGUUUGCCCAAUUUAAAUAUGGAUGAGAUGGAGAAGCCGGACCUCCUGUGGGACACUGUCAAUGUGAACACGAACAUUGCGAAGCUCCUUGCUGGUAGGGAGCUGGGUGAGGACAAGGGUACAGCGAUGCAGAAGAAGUUCCACUUCACAACUUCUUUGCUGAAGAGAUUUGCCUUGGAGUCGCAGCUGGAGGGGCAUCAGGGCUGUGUCAAUUGUUUGCAGUGGAGUGCUGAUGGCAGGUAUCUGGCAUCAGGCUCGGAUGACACGAAUGUCAGGAUCUGGGAUCCGUUUGCGAACAGGUGCUUGCAUGUGAUACCCACCAAACAUGUUGGUAAUAUAUUCUCGGUUAAAUUUGUUGGUGAUGGAUCUAUGGUGGCUACUGGGGCUGGAGACUGUAAAGUCAUUGUGCAGAGCAUCGAAAAUAAUGAGAAGCAGGCUAUCAUGGACUGCAUCUGUCAUGCUGGAAGGGUCAAAAGGUUGGCCACUGCACCUGAUCAGCCUCAUUUGUUCUGGACUGCAGCAGAGGAUGGCUUAAUUCUACAAUACGAUUUGCGAGAGCAGCACGAUUGUCUGAAAUGCAACACGGUGUUCGUCAAUUUGAGUGAGGUAACCGAACUAAAAUGCAUCACCGUGAAUCCGACGAAGCCGCAUCUGAUCGCAGCUGGGGCGAACGACAGUUACGUGAGGCUCUACGAUCGCAGGAUGAUCAAAACAACGAAGUGCCAGGUGAGGAUGGGCGUUCGCACUUCCGAAUUCCAGGAUGCGAACUGCGUGCAGUACUACGCACCCGGACACCUAGCUAAAGAUAACGGCGGAGAGCACAGCUACAAGUUGGCCGCCACCUACGUAACCUUCGACUCGACGGGGAACGACCUCCUGGUGAACAUGGGCGGCGAACAUAUAUACCUCUUCAACAUAAACGACAACCGUCACGUCAAUCAGAUGAGCGCUCCGGACUGCCUGCCGAAACCUAAGAAGCUACCGCCGAUCAAACCCUGCUGUCUCACCAAAGACGAUAACAAGAUGAAGUCCGAGCACGAGUACAAUUACAAGAUAGUCAAUAAGAAGGCGUGCGCCUGCGAUUACAUAUGCCGAGCGAGGCGGCUGUUCUUGAGAAAAUGGAUUGGUGAUAUGUAUUUUGCAGCGCGCGACUAUCUGCACACCGUGCAGCAGUGGCCCGAUUGCGAGAUGGCAUACUUCGGACUUAUCGAGUGUCUGAUCAGCCUGAAGUGGCCCGAAGAAGCUACCAAUUGGAUAAAUCACUUCCAGGCGAAGUUCCCGCACAACUCGGAGAUCUGCAAUUACUUGCAGGUGGCAGUGAACAAGCUGAGCGCUUCGCCGAAGCCGUCUGCCGACGAGUUAUCCGAAACCAUCGAGGUGAUGGAAGUUCUGACGGUGAGCGAUGAGGAGAAGGCGAUGCGCUUGAACUCGAUCGAUUUCGAGUCGAGAUAUAUCGGGCACUGCAACACGACGACGGACAUCAAGGAGGCCAACUUCAUGGGUGAUGAUGGUAACUUUAUUUGCGGCGGCUCCGAUGACGGUAUGAUCUUCAUAUGGGAUAGGAAGACCAGCAAUCUUCUGACUAGAUUCGAGGCUGACAAAUCGAUCGUCAAUUGCGUCCAGCCGCAUCCCAGCAUCAGCUGCAUCGCUUCCAGCGGCAUUGAUCCGGUCGUUAAGAUUUGGGCGCCCAAGGAUGAGGACGACAAGAAUUACACCAAUCGCUGUAAAGAUCCGUGGAGCGCGCUCAGGGCCAACCAGGACCGCAUGAAGAUCAGCCCGUUCGAGACGAUGCUCAUGAAUAUGGGCUACAACAAUCCUCACACGCACGUGGGUACCUGCCGCACUAGUUAAUCAAUCAAAUUAAUAAGAAACGCGAUCCGGUUCGUUUUUCACCACACGCCGUUUCGUUAACAAUACAUUUUUGUUGUGUUUCCUUGCAGUUUCUUGUAAUUGAUUCGAAACGAUUAUUUUUUUUCAAAUUAUCAUUUUGCCCUAUUGAUUAUAUUCUAUUUUUUUGUUUUGUUUUGUCUGUUUUCGUUACGCAAACAAAAGGAAGGAGUUUAGUUGAGAAAAAAUCGAUAGUUUGUUGUUAGAGGACCGGAGCUGCGAGAAGAAGACGUUCAUUUUUUUUUGUUUUUUGUUUCUGUUUAUAUAUAUAUAUAAAUAUAUAUAUGUACAAUUACGUAUAUAUAUAAAAUAUUGCGACGAGGCGAACGAACACGCAAGAGAGUUUUGCAAUAGAAAUUUUCUCUUUUUGUUGUUGUUGGUGAGUGUCGAAUUCAUCAGAUUGACAACAACUGUAAGAGAUGGAUUCGCGAUGGACAUAUUUUUGUACACUGGAUGAAGAAACGAUUUAUGAAAACAAAAAGAAUAUAAUGUAGAAAGUGGAGAAUCCUCAUUACUUUAUUAAUUAUUUUGAUUGUCUGUUUUGUUCCAUUUUCUCUUGCCGUUCGAUAACUACAACUUUUCUGCUCAAGUACCAUAUAAAUAUAUUCGUAUUUUGAUGUAUUUCAUGUCUCAGAUCAAGCGUACAUUUUUUUU